CAAAAUGGGACAAUGGAAAGUAAAAUGAAGAAACACAUCGCUUUCCGGCCCCAACGUCCAAACAGAUCUAUCCAUCUCAGAAUCAGAUAGAUCUUGCCCUCUCUCUCCGUCCAUUUUCUUAAUCUUCUUUAUUUCUGUCCUUUUUUUCAACGUUCAUGGUCGGUUGGGGCUUCCCACCUUACGAAGUAUCCGGGUUAAAGUUUCUAUUUUUUAUGUAUCUGAAGCCCAAUUACUGUUCGAUAAAACGGCCAACUGAAGCUUUGUCGACAAUCUCCUGUAAAACUGUGGUGAUGAGCACUUGUUCGAGUUACGCUGAUUGGGAUGUGUUUGGAUAAAGCUAAGGUAGACACUUGUAUCUGAGAUUAUAGUUCUUCAUUUGGGUACCCUGGAUUUCUCUUGCUUUGUUCUCCAAAAAUGUCGUUCUUCUUUGGUUUGGUGAUCGGUAUCACUUUCGGUAUCGGGCUGAUAAUCGCCUUUGUCCAUUCCGAGAAUACCCGGUCGAAGCGUCGGUCAGAAUUGGCAACUACGGUCGCAGCUUUUGCGAGGAUGACAGUGCAGGAUUCAAGGAAGAUCCUUCCAGGAGAAUUUUACCCUUCAUGGGUUGUGUUCUCUCAGCGGCAGAAGCUAACUUGGCUCAACCUUCAACUUACGAAGAUCUGGCCAUACGUUAAUGAGGCUGCUUCGGAGCUGAUAAGGACUAACGUCGAACCAGUCCUUGAGCAAUAUAGGCCCGUCAUCUUGGCUUCUCUUAAAUUUUCCAAGUUGACUCUUGGAACUGUCGCUCCACAGUUUACAGGAGUUUCAAUUAUCGAAGAUGGAAGUGAGGGAAUCACAAUGGAGUUGGAGUUGAAGUGGGAUGCAAAUCCAAAUAUCGUACUAGAUAUCAAGACUAGACUUGGUGUGGGACUUCCGGUUCAGAUAAAAAAUAUUGAGUUCACAGGUGUCUUCAGGCUCAUAUUUAGACCACUUGUGGAGGAGUUUCCUUGUUUUGGAGCUGUUUGUUAUUCUUUGAGGGAAAAGAAAAAUUUGGAUUUGACACUUAAAAUUAUUGGGGGUGAGAUACCUGGUGUACGUGACGCCAUUCUGGAGACAAUUCAAAAUGCUAUUGAGGAUACAUUACAUUGGCCAGCUCGAAAAAUUAUUCCCAUUUUACCUGGGGAUUACAGUGACUUAGAGUUGAAGCCUGUUGGAAUAUUAGAAGUGAAGCUUGUGCAAGCCAAAGAAUUAACAAAUAAAGACAUCAUUGGAAAAUCUGAUCCUUUUGCAAAAGUCUAUAUUCGCCCUUUGCAUGACAGAAUAAAAACCAGCAAAACCAUUAACAAUGAAUUGAAUCCUAUUUGGAACGAGCACUUCGAAUUUGUAGUUGAAGAUCCAUCUACUCAGCACUUGAUUGUUAAAAUUUAUGAUGAUGAAGGGGUUCAGGCAGCUGAAUUCAUUGGUUGCGCUCAAGUGCCGCUGAAGGAUCUUGAGCCUGGUAAAGUGAAGGAUGUAUGGUUGAAAUUGGUCAAAGAUUUGGAGGUCCAAAGAGAUGCUAAAAACAGGGGUCAGGUAAAAAAAUGCUAAUUGCUUUAUUCUUGUUCUUGUUUUCUUCUCUCUU